AUGACGUCUGCAACCCCUCCAAAGCUCAAUAGUCUGGAGAUCCUAGACCUAAGCUCCCCGCCAGAUUUCACCAAGCCCUCAAAACGCAUCAACGAAGGCCCUGACGUCGCACGCUUCCUCACCAGUCUCGCCUACCGCGAUAUCGGGGUCUUUAUCCUCCAGCUCAACCGCGCAUUAUGUCCUCGACACCAACCCUCGUCGCCUGUCCCCCGCACUUUUCCUCUUAGCUCGAAGCCGCCGACAUCGCCGUCUGUCCAAACCCUCCAAGCCCUGUUAGCGAAAAUCGAAAGCUUUAUCGACGAAGCGCCACCUGACCCAGGUCCUCGCCGGUUCGGAAAUGUCAGCUUCCGCAAGUGGUAUGCCAUAUUUGAGGAGCAUCUGGAUGGGCUGCUUGGAGAAGGGCUUCUAGAUGAAACGUUGAAGGUUGGCAAGGCAAAAGAGGAGGUUUCUAGCUAUCUCCUUGGUGGUUUUGGCAGUGUCCAGAGAUUAGAUUACGGGACAGGGCAUGAGCUCAGUUUCGUCGCCUUCUUGGGAUGUCUAUGGAAGUUAGGAUACUUCAAAGAUGGAGAGCAAGGAGGCGAGAUCGAGCGCGAGAUUGUCCUCAAGGUUAUCGAGCCAUACCUCAAUGUGGUGCGCAAGCUCAUCCUAACAUACACACUCGAACCUGCUGGAUCCCAUGGCGUAUGGGGUCUCGACGACCAUUCCUUUAUGCCAUACAUCUUCGGCUCUGCACAACUUACACGGCCCAUCAACGAAAACGAACCGAUGCCAUUAGAGGGCUCCGCGAGAGGCGCUCCUAAGCCCAGCGACGUUACAAAAGCCGCUGUUGUUGAAGACCAACGACAACUCAAUAUGUACUUUUCUGCCAUCGGUUUCAUCAACGACGUGAAGAAGGGGCCGUUCUGGGAGCACAGCCCUAUCCUUUUCGAUAUCUCAGGCAUUCGAGACGGUUGGGGUAAAAUCAACAAGGGCAUGGUCAAGAUGUUCAACGCAGAGGUGCUGUCCAAGUUUCCUGUUGUUCAGCACUUUCCAUUCGGCUCGCUCUUCUCAUGGGAUAUCGAUCCAGAGGCUGCAACACCAACUCAGAGCGUCCAUAUGGCGAACCAGCCAGCAACAAUGACGCCCCCAUUACCAACUGUAGCUGGAACAGCUGCGCCUUGGGCCCAGGCCACAAGAAUGCCAGCUGCAUCAGGUCCCGGCAUUCCCUACUCUCGUAUGCCGCCACCACCAGGCCCUAGUACAGGAUCUCUUGCAAGGCCACCCCGCGCUGCGCCCGGCACGGAAUCUACGAGUGCACAAAUUACUGUUACCAAAGCACCGUGGGCUAGGGACUCAUAG